AUGAGAAGCUUCACAUACCACGUAGAAACGGUUCAAGCAUGGUUGGCCCUAAGCAGGCUUCACAUAAUCAUCCACCUAAUCGCAGUGGUGUCCCUCUGUUACUAUCGCAUAUCGCACUUGCUACUCCAACCACCAACAGCGCCGUGGAUCCUCAUCACACUCGCCGAGAUUAUUCUCUCCAUGCUAUGCUUCUUCAACCAAGCCUUCCGCUGGCACCCCGUCUCCCGGACCACCCUCACCCACAAGCUCCCGAGGGAGGACCACCUGCCGGGCCUCGACAUCUUCGUCUGCACCCUCGACCCUGAGAAGGAGCCCACCCUGCAGGUCAUGGACACCGUCGUUUCCUCCAUUGCCAUGGACUACCCCUCCGAUAAGCUCGCCGUGUAUCUCUCCGACGACGGUGGAUGUCCGGUGACGCUGUAUGCUAUCAGAGAGGCCAGUGAGUUCGCCAGGGACUGGGUCCCCUUCUGCAGAAAGUAUGGAGUGAAGUUGAGGUGUCCCAAGGUCUUCUUCUCUCCCAUGGGACAAGAUGAACACCUUCGCGAUGAGGAAUUCAAGGCCCAAUGUCACCUCAUGAAGACUAAAUACGAGAAAAUGCAGAAGAACAUAGAGAAAUUUGGUUCAGAUCCUGAGAAUCUUCGUAUUGUGAGCGACAGGGCUCCUCGUAUUGAGAUUAUAAAUGACCAACGGGGAUUGCCACUUGUCGUGUAUGUGUCUCGCGAAAGAAGACCAACCCUUCCUCACAAGUUCAAAGGAGGAGCCCUCAACACAUUGCUCAGGGUCUCGGGUUUUCUCAGUAAUGCACCUUACUUUCUAGUUGUGGAUUGUGAUAUGUUUUGCAAUGACCCAACCUCUGCCAAACAAGCCAUGUGCUUCUUCCUUGAUCCUCACACCUCCAAAACUACUGCAUUUGUUCAAUUCCCUCAAAUGUUUCACAACCUUAGCAAAAAGGACAUCUAUGAUAGUCAAACUAGGACUGCUUUUAAGACAAUGUGGCAAGGCAUGGAUGGACUAAGAGGUCCUGGUCUUUCUGGCAGUGGCAAUUACUUGAGUAGAAGUGCGUUACUAUUUGGAAGUCCUAACCAAAAAAAUGACUACCUGCUAGAUGCACAAAAGUACUUUGGCAACUCUGCUGGGUUCAUUGAAUCAUUGAAGGUCAUCCGUGGACAGAAAACUGCCAAAACGAACAUUUCAAGAGAAGAUAGGUUAAGAGAAGCUCUAGCUGUGUCCACCUGUUCCUACGAAAACAACACAAAAUGGGGUAGAGAGGCAAGUGGGAUUCUCAUAUGUGAUCUUACUAGAGAGUAG